UCAUCGAAACAUCUUCAAGAUGAAAUUCUUCUUGGUUCUUCUUGGCUUGGCCGCUGUGGCCUACUCCAGUCCUGUGCCUAAGGAGGAGUCAGUGCUAAAGUCGGUAGUAGGAAGCUUCGUAAACUGCAUGAACAGUGAUGUUAACUUGUGUAUCAAGGAACAUGCCCUUCGUGCCACGGAACGCCUCGGAACCGUUCGCAAACUCAACAUUUUUGAAGGUCUCGCGAUCCUGAACAGCAACCCUAAAGAAGCUAGGAGUCUGGAGCCUUUGUCCACCGAACCCCAGAUCAGGAACAAGGAAGUCACUGAGAGGCUAUGGGAGAAGGCCAAUGAUCUGCUUCAGAAUACCGAGCUGGAGAUCAGCUUUGACGCCGAUGAUGAUGAAGAAUCCAGGGCUCUUGGUGACGCUGACGAGGGCCGCGGCAAGAAGAAGGAGAUCAAGAAGAAAUUGAAGAUGAUCGUGUCCCUCCUGGCCCUGCUGAAGGCAAAGCUCAUCGCUCUGGCUGUCCUCUUCCUCGGUGUCAUCGCCGUCUCCAUUUGGAAGAUCGCAGUAAUCGCCAAGAUUGCUUUCAUUGCCAAGGUCAUUGCCAUCAUCAAGGCUCUCUUGGCUAAGAAGCACGAGGAGCACGGUGGAUGGGCCCCUCCAAUCCAUGAUGACCAUGGACACGGCUGGGAAAGCCAAGGUUGGGGACGUUCAGGCAAAAUCGAAGGCGCCGACAUGGCUUAUGCCGGCUACAAACAUCAAUAG